AUGUACGCGCGUAAAGCGCGCACCGGACCCGAGCCAUGCAACCUGGAAGCAAAUGGAGGAGGUGAGAAAGGGAACACUUUGAAAGCCAGGAACCUACCUUUUGAUAUUUUCAUUCUACUUGCUAUUUUUGCCAAUUGUGUGGCCCUGGGUGUAUCUAAACCCUUCCCUGAGGAGGACUCCAAUUCGACCAACCACAACCUGGAACAAGUAGAGUACAUCUUCCUGGUCAUCUUCACCAUUGAGACCUUCACUAAGAUCCUGGCCUAUGGCUUGGUUAUGCACCCCAGCGCCUACAUCCGCAGUGGCUGGAAUUUGCUUGAUUUUGUCAUCGUCGUUGUCGGGUUGUUCAGUGUGGUUGCUGAGGGGACGGCCGACCACAAGCCUGGAGAUUCCCACCAUGCAGCAGGCAAACCAGGAGGACUGGAUGUCAAAGCUCUUAGAGCCUUUAGGGUGCUGCGACCCCUUAGACUGGUGUCUGGAGUGCCCAGUCUCCAGAUUGUCUUGAACUCCAUCAUGAAAGCCAUGGUUCCCCUGCUCCACAUUGGUCUACUGGUCAUGUUUGUCAUCAUCAUCUAUGCCAUCAUCGGUCUGGAGCUCUUCCUCGGCAGGAUGCACAAGACCUGUUUCUACAUGGGCACUGAACUGAACGUAGAUGAUGACCCCACACCAUGUGCAUUUGCUGGAAAUGGGCGGGAUUGUGUGGGCAACGGGACAGAGUGCAGAGGACCGUGGGAGGGGCCUAACGGUGGGAUCACCAACUUUGACAACAUCUUUUUUGCCAUGUUGACUGUGUUCCAGUGUAUCACCAUGGAGGGCUGGACCGAUGUGCUCUACUGGAUGAAUGAUGCAAUUGGCUUUGAGAUGCCCUGGGUGUACUUUGUCUCUCUGGUCAUCUUUGGCUCGUUUUUCGUACUCAACCUUGUAUUGGGAGUGUUGAGCGGAGAGUUCUCCAAGGAAAGAGAGAAGGCUGUGGCUCGUGGAGAGCUGCAGGACGCCCAGAAUAAGAAGCAGAUGGAGGAGGAUAUGUGUGGCUACAUGGACUGGCUCAUCGAGGCCGAGGAUGUGGAUGAGGAAGGAAACAAGCGUGCUGCUGUUGCCAAGAAGAAAAUGAUGAAGAAGUUUGGCUGGUAUAAACACAGCGAGGACGGAGAAUCGGAUUCAGACUCUGAAUUUGGAGCAUAUUUAGACGACGACAAUGGCUGCUGCGCAUCUCUUAUGGCUAAAAUGAUGGCCAACAGUUUCUGUGACCAGCUAUGCCAACUGAACCAUGCCUUCCGAAAAAACUGUCGUGUAGCAGUCAAAUCCCAGAACUUCUAUUGGCUGGUGCUUCUUCUGGUUUUUCUCAACACUGCAGCCAGCGCCUCUGAACACUACGGCCAGCCCAAGUGGCUCACCGAGAUGCAGGAGCGGGCCAAUAAGAUCCUGUUGAUGUUGUUCACGCUGGAGAUGCUGUUGAAGAUGUACAGUUUCGGUUUCCAGAUCCACUUCUUGGCUCUGUUUAACCGCUUCGACUGCUUCGUGGUGUGUGGUGGCAUCCUGGAGACGGUCCUGGUUGAGUUGCAGAUCAUCCCUCCCAUCGGCAUCUCUGUGCUGCGCUGUGUCCGCCUGCUCAGGGUGUUCAAAGUGACACGGCACUGGGCAGCCCUGUCAAACCUGGUCAAUUCGCUGCUCAACUCCAUGAAGGCUAUCUGCUCCCUGCUGCUCCUGCUCUUCCUCUUCCUCAUCAUCUUCUCCCUGCUGGGGAUGCAGCUGUUUGGGGGCAAAUUCAACUUUGAUGAGACUCAGAUGAAGAGGAGCACGUUUGACACUUUCCCCCAGGCCCUGCUCACCUGCUUCCAGAUCCUUACAGGAGAGGACUGGAAUGCAGUAAUGUAUGAUGGGAUCAUGGCUUAUGGCGGGCCAGUCUUCCCACAGAUGAUCGUGUGCAUCUACUUUGUCUCCCUCUUUGUUGUCGGUAACUAUAUCCUGCUCAAUGUCUUCUUGGCUAUCGCUGUGGACAACUUGGCAGGAGAUGGUGGAAAAAAGAAAGUAGAAGAGAAAAAGGAGGAGGAAGAGGACUGGGACGAAGAUGAUGACAAAGAGGAAGAUGCGGCGAAUGAGAUGGAUGACUGGGAGGAGAACGAGGAGUUGAGAGCCAUCGAGGGUCUGGAGGGAAUUAUGCCUGUGAAGCCUGAAUUUUCCGCUCCAAAAGAGAAGAUUGAACCCAUUCCAGAUGGUAGCUCCUUCUUCAUUCUUGGAAAGAGAAACUGCCUCCGAGUGGCCUGUCACAACCUCAUCCACCACUCCUACUUCACCAACCUCAUCCUCGUCUUCAUCAUCGCCAGUAGCAUUUCUCUGGCUGCUGAGGAUCCAAUCAGAGCUCACUCCUUUAGGAACAACAUGCUUGGCUAUGCUGACUAUGCAUUCACCUCCAUAUUCACUGUGGAAAUCAUACUGAAGGUGACAGUUUUCGGUGCGUUCCUUCAUCCUGGAUCGUUCUGUAGGAACGCCUUUAACCUCCUGGACCUGCUGGUCGUCAGUGUGUCGCUCGCGUCCUUCUUCCUCCAUUCCAGCGCUAUCUCUGUGGUCAAGAUUUUCAGGGUACUCAAAGUGCUCAGGCCUCUUCGAGCCAUCAACAGAGCCAAGGGACUCAAGAAUGUAGUGCAGUGCGUGUUUGUGGCAAUCAAAACCAUCGGAAACAUCUUGAUCGUCACAACGCUCCUCCAGUUCAUGUUUGCUUGUAUUGGAGUGCAGCUCUUCAAGGGCAGAUUCUACAGUUGCACUGAUGAAGCUAAACACACUCCAUAUGAGUGCAUGGGGACAUUUGUGGUGUAUAAGGACGGGGAUAUGAAUCACCCUAUGGUGAGAGAGAGGAUAUGGCAAAACAGUGAAUUCAACUUUGACAAUGUGCUGCAGGGCAUGCUGGCCCUGUUCACUGUGUCUACAUUUGAAGGCUGGCCACAGCUGCUGUACAAGGCCAUCGACGCUAAUGCUGCGAACCACGGCCCUAUUUACAACUACCGCGUGGAAAUCUCCAUAUUCUUCAUCAUCUACAUCAUCAUCAUCGCCUUCUUCAUGAUGAACAUCUUCGUGGGUUUCGUCAUCAUCACUUUCCGUGAACAGGGAGAAUCCGAGUUCAAAAACUGUGAACUGAACAAAAAUCAAAGACAAUGUGUACAGUACGCUCUGAAAGCCAAGCCCAUCAAGAUAUAUAUUCCCAGAAACCCGUCCCAGCUAAAGUUCUGGAAGAUCAUCGCCUCCAGCCAGUUUGAGUACAUCAUGUUUGUCUUAAUUCUUCUCAACACCCUCACCUUGGCUGUGCAGCAUUAUGAGCAGUCUAAAACAUUCAACGCUGUGAUGGACAUCCUCAACUUGAUCUUCACCGCCCUAUUUACCAUAGAGAUGGUUAUCAAGCUUCUGGCUCUCAGAACACAUCAAUAUUUCAUUGAUGCUUGGAACACCUUUGAUGCUCUGAUCGUUGUGGGCAGUGUGCUAGACAUCAUGGUCUCAGAGCUUAGUGGAGGAGACGAGGAUGGAGAAGCCAUCGAGGCCGCAGCCAAAGUAGCAGCUGUAGCCGUACCUGGAGCUCCGCCCGGGGCCAAGAAGGAAAGCGGAAAAGUGUCCAUCACAUUCUUCCGUUUGUUCCGAGUCUUGCGAUUGGUCAAGCUGCUCAGCAAAGGGGAGGGCAUUCGAACCCUCCUCUGGACUUUUGUCAAGUCCCUCCAGGCCUUGCCAUAUGUUGGUCUACUUAUUGCCAUGAUCUUUUUCAUCUACGCUGUGAUCGGCAUGCAGACAUUUGGAAAGAUUGCUAUAGAUGACAACUCACAAAUCAACAGGAACAACAACUUCCAGACCUUCUUCAUGUCUGUCCUGCUGCUCUUCAGGUGUGCCACCGGAGAGCAGUGGCAGGAGAUCAUGUUGGCAGCAUUGCCAGGGAGACGCUGUGACCCCGAGUCAGACUUUGAGCCCGGGGAGGAGAGCAUGUGCGGCAGCAACCUGGCCUACAUCUACUUCAUCAGCUUCUUCAUGCUCUGCGCUUUCCUGAUCAUUAACUUGUUCAUUGCUGUCAUCAUGGACAACUUUGAGUACCUGACCAGGGAUUGGACUGUACUGGGUACUCAUCACCUGGACGAGUUCAAACGAGUCUGGUCGGAUUAUGACCCAGAGGCCACGGGUCGAAUCAAACAUAUAGAUGUGGUCACUAUGCUGCGCAGGAUCCAGCCACCCCUUGGUUUUGGCAAAUUGUGCCCCCAUCGUGUGGCCUGCAAGAGGCUGGUUGCUAUGAAUGUGCCGCUGCACAGCGAUGGGACAGUCACCUUCAACGCUACCCUGUUUGCGCUGGUCAGAACCUCACUCAAGAUCAAGACUGACGGGCCCGUUGACCAAGACAAUGAGGAGCUCAGGGCCAUCAUUAAGAAGAUAUGGAAGCGGACUAAGCCCAAGCUCCUUGAAGAGGUCAUUCCACCCCCUAGAGGGGAAGAGGUGACUUGUGGGAAGUUCUACGCCAGCUUCCUGAUCCAGGACUACUUUAAGAAGUUCCGCAAGAGGAAGGAGAGGGAGAGGAAGAAGAAGGGAAAGGACAAGAAAGACUCUCUCCAGGCAGGGCUACGGUCACUGCAGGCACUGGCCCCAGAGUUGCAUCUGGCCUUGGCAAUGGAGGGAGAGGAGGAGGAGGGUAUGGAGGGAGAGUUGGACGAAUACUUUUUCAAAAAUGAAAAUGUUUUUGAAGAUCCUGGCACCUCUGCCACCAAUACUUUAUCCACAACUCCCAUGCCAGCUGACAUGGAGGAGGGCACCACCACUGUCUUCAUGGAGCCCUUCGUCGAGCCCACAAUAUUCAGCGACGUGGUCACAGAACAGCCAUUGACAGCCAGCGAGAGACCAGAAUCAACUCUCUCAUCCUUUGAUGUGGUGAUUGAACAGCCCACGAGAUCUGAGGCCCUCCCUCCACCAGAAGAAGCACCAGCCCCACCCCCGCCCCACCCACCCCCAGCCCCAUCCCCACCAAAGGCCCCAUCCCCUCCCCAACCAGCACCAGCCCCAUCCCCACCAAAGGCCCCAUCCCCACCAAAGGCCCCAUCCCCUCCCCAACCAGCACCAGCCCCAUCCCCACCAAAAGUUGCUUCUCCACCACAAAUGGUUGCCCAAACCCAACCUCAAAUAGUGUUAGCCCCACCAGAACCAGAGGCACCUCAAAUAGUGUUAGCCCCACCAGAACCAGAGGCACCUCAAAUAGUGUUAGCCCCACCAGAACCAGAGGCACCUCAAAUAGUGUUAGAGGCAGCCACUGCCACACCUCAACCAGAGCCAGUGAUGGAGGGAAGAGGAGGUGAAACUUACGCUGCACAGCAGGUGUACUACCCACAGUACCCAGUGGGCUUGCUAACAAACGAUGGGUAUGUGUAUCAAGAGCAACCUGCAGCAUUCCAUAUCCCGUCAGAGUACAUGCAGAGUCAUGCUCCUAACUUCACCAAUGGGAGCGUUGCAGGAGGACCCUACGGCAAUGGAAACGGCAUGCAUGGGAAUGGCUACAAUGGCGUUAUGAAUGGUAUGAAUGGAGGUAGCAUGAGUGACUACACCGGCAAUGGUUACAUAGGAAAUGGCUACAGUGGAAAUGGCUACAAUGGCAACGGAUUGGAGCCGUAUGUCCGGAGACGUGUUCUUCCUCCCACUCCUGCAGGUCGUAAGCCGCCCUCCUUUAACAUCCAGUGUCUGCGGGCACAGCAUAGCGUGGGUGACAUCCCCAUCCCUGGCACGUAUGAGAGUAACUCGCCCCCAUGCAGAUCCAGACUGACCCUUGACUCCCGCCGCAACAGUGUCUCCUCCACGUCCUCGGCCUCCUGGGCCAACAAUGGAGGAGGACCUGCAGGGUCGAUGCCAGGAGCAGGGGUGUCAGCAGCAUCAUCAGCAGCCGCAAAGAGAGGGCGUCUGCUCUACGCCCCUCUGAUGCUGGUGGAUGAGGCCGGGGGCACCCAGCAGCUGUGGGGAGACAGGACACAGACCACCUCCAGCCUCCCUGCUGUUGCAACUAGGCCCAGUGGCUGGUACCCUGGAGCCCCAACACUCCCCAUGCCCACGCCCCAGAACAGGAGCUACACCAACGGCAGAGUGCCCUCACAGAUCAGCCAAAGACUCAUAGAGAAGGGCAGUGCUAACAGCCUGGUGGAGUCGAUCCUGAUAUCGGAAGGCUUGGGCCUCUAUGCAAGAGACCCAAAAUUUGUGAACUUCGCCAAGCGGGAGAUCGCUGACGCAUGUAACAUGACCAUUGAUGAGAUGGAGAACGCAGCCACAGACCUGCUGACCCGUUCUACUGGACAGCCAAUAGGACGCUUCGAGGAGGAGCUGGCUGACGAGAUGAACUGUGUGAUUUCCUACUGAGACUAGAGAGAGGAACAGUGAGGAAGGAAGAGGGAAGGGAAGGAGAGUUGGAGGGAAACGAGAUAGAGCUUUACCUCUUUGUCUCCAUCAAAAUGGGGGGUAAGAAUGGUUUCGCAAGCUAUUGAUCUUAGAAUACAGUCUGUGUCUCUUUGAUCAGGGUAUUUUUCUUUUCCAGAUCUUCUUAGUUCAUUUGGCUUUGUUGAAAACAUCAGUGUCUUGAACAAGAGUCUGAAAGAACCAUCCUGAAUUAGACAGCGUAUACAGUACAGAGACCAACUAUUGAGGUUUGGCCACAAUACUCUUUACACGUUAUUCUAAUGUAAGAGUGCACUGUACUAUAGCCUGCCGAACAGGAUUAUAAUUCGUAUUCUACUAUGAAGUAUUUUAUCGCUAUUUUCAAAUGCUGCAUUUUUGCAUUGUGUUUCCAUUUUUGGUACUGUACUAGUAUUGCUGUCACUUACACACCCAAAUCAUAAAAUAACCCUGCUAGGGCCAUACAUUUUAAAAGCUGGCAUAAAUCAAAUAUUUUUGGGGAGAUAUAUAGUACCUGUCUAUAGUGCAAGUGAGCUCCAGUUGUAACCAUAGAUAAUGAAAAUGGGUUUAUGUGUGUCAUGUCAGUUGCCCAAUGAAGCAUUAGCAGUAGACUUCUGAACCAUGUCAUGUCAAAUUAGAUCGACAGAAACCCCACAGAAGAUUCUCAUGACAGUCAUCUUAAUGGUUCCUCUCUAGGUUUCUUCCUAUGUUUCUGCCUUUCUAGGGAGUUUUUCCUAGCCACUGUACUUC